CGAUAUUCGCGGAGUUUCGACGUUUCGUUAAAAUCAGCGCUGUGAGUGCUUUGACCCGGGGAAGGUUUCACCAUAAACAUCAGUGUUUGCGGCUAAAUAUACGGGGUCACAUAAUAUUAACACGAGCAAAAAGUUUCCAACCUUGUUCUGUAACAUUUUGAAAAAUUAAUUUUCUUUACCAUAGGUUGAGGGUUGAUAUGAUUUGUCAUUUAGGAGCCAAGUCGAGUAUAAACUGGCGGAUUCAGCAUCUCGAAUUUACAUUUUGCUACACUGAUGACGAACUUUUUUUCACAAUAAUAUAAUCGCUGUUUAUAUGAGAAGUGUUUUCUGUGAGAUUAUAAUUACAUUAAUGUUAGAAUAUCGAUAAUUGUAUUGAUUUUAAUGGAAACUUAGGGUUUUAUGUUCUGUUGAUGGGAUUGAACACGUAAAAUAAAAUACUGUGAAGGAAUUUUGUAAUGUUAACGACAAACAGCUGAUGGUUCAUAAUAUUAUUUCUAUUUGCAAUGGAAAACAUUAAAAUGUGUGUUGUUGUUUUUCAGCAGGGUGAAAAGUGAUAUUAAAGUAGUUUAGAAGCUAAAACACACGUAGACCUUCUUUGAAUGUUUGAAGUUAUUUAUUUCAAGCAUGUUGUAGUUGGUCAGUGCUGUAGUUAAAAGUUUUUCAUUAGUGAGUGUGGAUGUGUUUUGGCCAGCUGUGAUGUUUUGUCACUGUAGAUCCUUCAUCCAUCUGCAGGCUUCAUGAACUUGCACACUGGCAGUGAUGUCAGAAAUGAUGCACACAAACACAAUAGAUGUCUCAGAAAGAAUAGGACACAAAAGCCCCCUUGAAGAAAAUAUGAAAAUUCUUUACAAAUCUGGGGCAUGGUUUAUGUAUUGCACAUGUCUUGUUCUGUUGUUUCUUUGUCAUUUUUUAGAUGCACGUGACAUUUCGAGACAUGAACAGACCGAGCAAAACAUUUCACAUGAAUUCAUGUGUUUAGUGGAAUUAUUAAUAUUUUGUGGAAUUAGACUUGCAUUGUUCUGAUCUAUGUCAUUUUUAUAUAUUUAUGUUAUUUUCAGUAUUGGGUGUAACAAUUCAAUUCAAUUUUAUUUAUAUAGCGCUUUUCACAAUGUUCAUUGUUCCAAAGCCGCUUUACAGGAGAAAAUUAAAAUAAAAACACAAAAAAGGUCAAACACAGCACAAUGCAUGGUGUUUAUAGAACAAGCAAGAUUAUUGUAGUAAAUAAUAUCUAAUAAAUGCAGUCUCCCGGUGGUUUAUUUAGCAUAUUUUGCAUUAAGUGAAAACUUGGCUGAAAAGAUGUGUCUUGAAUCUAGAUUUACAUUUGGAGAGUGUCUGACCCUCGAAUAGUAUCGGGAAGGCUAUUCCAGAGUUUAGGUGCUACGUAUGAGAAAGCUCCGCCCCCUUUGGUGGAUUUAGUUAUUCUAGGUGUUAUCAAAAGUCUGGAGUUUUGAGAUCUUAGAGAGCGUGAUGGGUUGUAGUGUGAUAGAAGCUCUGUUAAGGAGGUAGGGGCUAAACCGUUUAAGGCUUUAUAAGUGAUUAAAAGAACUUUAAAGUCAAUACGAUACUUAAUGGGUAUCCAGUGAAGGGUUGAUAACAUUGGGGUUAUGUGAUCUUAUUUUCUGGACCUGGUUAUAACUCUGGCAGCUGCAUUCUGAACUAACUGUAUUGAUGAUGCAGGACAACCACUAAGCAGUGCAUUACAGUAGUCAAGUCUUGAUGUCACAAAUGCAUGAAUAAGCUUUUCUGCGUCAGCAACACUUAAAAUAUUUCGUAACUUGGCAACAUUUCUAAGGUAGAAGAAGGCUGUUUUUGUGACAUUUGAGAUGUGAUUUUUAAAUGACAGGUUGCUGUCUAAUAUAACGCCGAGGUCUUUAACUGUAUUUGUUGGAGUAACAGUGCAGCCUUCAAUUUGCAGGUUAUAAUCCGAAAUAUUCUGUUUACGUGUCUUUGGUCUACGUUUCACCAAAAAUCCCUCGAACAUCACAGUCACUCAGGGUAACAUGGCCCGUCUGGGCUGUGCCUUUGAAGGAUUGAGCGAACCAGAGAUUGCAUGGAUGAAAGAUGGAGAAAAGAUAUACAGCUCAGAUCAAAUGUACAUCACGUUGGAUGCGCACCAUUGGGAGACCUUUCACAGCGUUAAAUCCGUGCAACAGCAGGACGCUGGGAAGUACUGGUGCGAGGUGGAAUAUCACGGCACAAUCAUUUCCUCUGAGCCUGCUUGGGUCACAGUCGAAGGUGUGCCUCACUUUGUAGUGGAGCCCAGCGAUGUGGCCGUUUUUGCAGGAGAGCCCUUUAACCUGACGUGUGCCGCACGAGGUCCUCCAGACCCUGUGGAGGUGUUGUGGUGGCUGGGAGGUGAACAGAAGGGUGACUUCAUGGCCUCCCCUUCAGUUCUCUUUGUUAAAGGUGUAAAUGGGAGUGUAAAGUUUUACUGUGAAGCCAGGAACACACGAGGCAUCUCUGUGUCCCGCACAGGCACGGUGCACAUUAAAGUCCGUCCAGAUUCCCCUCAGGGUAUCAGGGUGCAUCAGGCAUCUGAAAGUAACGUUACACUAACAUGGAGCGCAGGUUUCACCGGACAUUCACGUCUUUCUACCUGCACUAUACAGAUGUCCAGGGGAGCUGGAAGAAAGGUGAAACUUCCUGAUGUAGAUUUGCCAGUUCCGCCAUUCCAGCACAUGUUUGAUUCACUCCUCAGUCAUUCAAACUACAGCGUGAGAAUCCGCUGUGAUAAUGAAGUGGGGUCUUCACCCUUCUCACAAUGGGUGGACUUUUAUACUCCAGAGGCCGCACCAUUAGCUGCUCCAAAGAACUUGACCUUUGAACUCACAGAGCAGCAGCUGACUCUGUCCUGGGCGCCGCUGGAGGAGGCGGAGCUACGGGGACGAUUACUAGCAUAUAAAGUACAAUGGAGCCAGGGAGGAGAGAGUCAGGACUCCUUACUGUUCAAGGAAAACUACGCUCACCUCUCGGGCGCCGGGCGAUUCUUUAACUCCACUUUUCAGGUUUCGGCCUGCACGGCGGUAGGAUGUGGUCCGUGGAGUCAGCCGAUUCUUGUGAUGCCUGCAUCAGCUACACAAGCUCAGACCCAGAGGGGCCACAUUUGGGUCGGGCUGCUUUUUGGACUUCUUGUGGCCACCAUGGUGGGGCUCCUGUUGACUGUUCUAUUACGGAAAAGGGGGAAAGAGACACAGUUCGGGUCUGCAUUCACAGCUCCAGGAACAGAGGCCCAAGUCACUUUUACUGCUGCCAGAUCCUUCAACAGGCAAUACCCUGAACUCCCAGAAUGCACUUUGGACAGUCUUGGAAUCAGUUGUGACUUGAAGGCCAAGCUACAGGAUGUUCUCAUCUCUGAAAGGCUCUUAACUCUGGGACGCAUGCUUGGCAAAGGUGAGUUUGGUUCCGUGAGAGAAGCGUUUCUCAAAACAGAGAAUAACUCCGGGCAGAAGGUUGCUGUGAAGGUCCUCAAAACUGAUAUUAACUCAACCAGUGACAUUGAACAGUGUCUUAAAGAGGCGGCAUAUAUGAAGGACUUCCACCAUCCCAAUGUCAUUCAGCUUAUUGGGGUGAGUCUACACAGAAGAGCUCAGCAGCGGCUGCCUGUUCCCAUGGUAAUCCUGCCCUUCAUGAAACAUGGAGAUCUUCACACUUUUCUUCUUAUGUCUCGACUUGGAGAUGAACCAUUUACCCUCUCUGUGCAAAUUCUGAUUCAGUUCAUGCUGGAUAUCGCUCGAGGGAUGGAGUAUCUUAGCAACAAAAACAUCAUCCACCGGGAUUUGGCUGCCCGCAACUGCAUGUUGAAUGAAAAUAUGACAGUAUGUGUAGCAGAUUUUGGUCUCUCGAAGAAAAUCUACAGUGGAGACUAUUACAGACAAGGGUCUGUCUCAAAGUUGCCUGUCAAGUGGAUCGCUCUGGAAAGCUUAGCAGACAAUGUCUACACAACACAGAGUGACGUGUGGGCAUUUGGUGUGACCAUGUGGGAGAUCAUGACCAGAGGCCAGACACCUUAUCCAGGAGUAGAGAACUCAGAAAUUUAUGAGUAUCUCAUCAAGGGAGAAAGACUCAAACAGCCUCCAGACUGCCCUGUUGACAUUUAUGAGGUCAUGCACAGCUGUUGGUCUCCUGUUUCAAAGUGUCGCCCUAGUUUCCAAUACCUGAUCGAUCAGCUGGAGGUUCAGUGGGCAAAGCUAAAUCCAGCUCCUGAAAAAGACGCAAUGCUGUAUGUGAACCUGGAGGAUGAUGAAGAGCAGGCCUCUGGGCCAGGGUUUGAUACAGGGACGCGUAGUAGCGAUGAGCCCUCGUGGGGGGUGCCCUGGCUGUGCGCAGGUAUGGAGGACGAUGAGAAGAACUGGCUAAUGGUGCCAUCAGGUGCUGCACUUGCUAUUGAUGGAGACUAUCGGUACAUCAUCGGUCCACACGGCACAGAUGAUGAGACCAGACACUCUGACGAUGGCCAAUCGGAAGACAUCAGAGACGAAGAAGAGGAUGUCAUCAUUAAUGUGUGAUUUUUUGUGUGUUCCCUCUGUGUCUGUUGCACAAGUGGAGAAACUUUGGUAAAAGAACAACAGCACUAUAAAGAUACUAAGCAUUCCUACGAUGUCGCACUGGGAAAUGCCCAGGAAUAAUGCUAAGAACUUUUCUCCAUGCUAACUCUAGGGGCAUGAAGCACCUUGUGAACAAUCAGCUGCUAAUACGUUUUAGAAAAAUUAUUUGUGGACACGUAAUUUCAAUGCUAAUUGAUAUUCACUUACUAAUUCUGACUGUAGAAAUGCCGUCAUUUUUAGAGUAAAAUCUGUGAUUUAUGAAGUGUUUUGUACAGUACAUUCUUGUUAGAAAUUAAGUGUUGUUUGUGCUGGUACAGUCAGAAUUUUUUGUAUGUUUUGUACUUGUGACUUCCCAGUUGCUGGGGUUCACAGAUUAGGUGCCUUCAUUUAAAAGUUUUUACAAAAACUGAUUUUUUGUAUUUAUAACCUGCAGCGAGUUAAAGAGAUGGCUCACCAGAAAAAAAUCCUCCCAUCAUUUAUUCACCCUCAUCCCAUUCAAAACCUGUAUAUGACUCUUUUUUUCUGUGGAGCACAAAAGAAGAUAUUUCGAGAAAUGUCUCGGUGGUUUUGCGGCAAUGAAUUGAAGUGAGUGGGGGCAAAUGUUUUUGUUUAUCAAAUUAGUUCUUUAAUUAAUCUUUUGUGUUCUGCAAAAGACAUUAAGUCAUACAGAUUGGACAUGACAUGAGGGUGAGUAAAUGAAGAAUUUUCAUUUUUUGGGUGAACUGUCCCUUUUAGGCAAACCCUCAUUGCAGCAUUCUGAGAAUGGGAUAUCAAGGGACUUGAGGUUUAUUUUUGUUUAUGCUAUGUGGAAUGAUUAUUCUGCAAAACCAAGCAUUACAGAACCACGACAGCUUGUUUUGUUUUGUUGUUUUUUAGCUUUUGUUCUAUUGUAGUUCAUCACUGCACAGCUAAAGCUGAUUUUAGAGUGUUAAAUCAUUUGUAAACGCUUUGGAUAAAGGCAACUGCUAAAUGAUUAAAUGUAAAUGAUGUAAUAAACUGUCUUGUUUGUUGUA